GGAAGUGGUAAUUCAGCAAUUUGCUUUUGGCUAAUUCUGGUUUCUCACUGUUUUUUUCUUAAUGACCAUUAGAAAGUACAUCUUGUUAGGAGAACCACACGGGUGCUGUGCAUGCCUGGGGCGUCGUGGGGGGCGUGAACCGGACAGCUCACUCUGGAUCACGGCGUUUCUGAAGGAACCAAUGAAUUCCACCAGCAUCUACGAUUCAAACGAGGAUUAUUUUGGGUUGGUGAAUAGUUCAGACUAUACACUGGAUGAUGAUAGCUUUCUCUGCUCCUUGCAGGAGGUCAGAAAGUUCUCUGGGCUGUUUGUGCCACUCGCUUACUCCUUGAUAUGUGUCUUUGGCCUCCUGGGCAAUAUUUUGGUGGUGGUCACCUUUGCUUUUUAUAAGAAAGCCAAGUCCAUGACGGACGUUUAUCUCCUGAACAUGGCCAUCGCGGACAUACUGUUUGUCCUUACUCUCCCGUUCUGGGCGGUCAACCAUGCUACUGGCGAGUGGGUCUUCAGCAACGCCAUGUGCAAACUGACUCGGGGCAUCUACGCCAUCAACUUCAACUGCGGGAUGCUCCUCCUGACCUGCAUCAGCCUGGACCGCUACAUCGCCAUCGUGCAGGCCACCAGGUCUUUCAGGCUCCGGUCCAGAGCGUUAGCCCACCACAAAGUGAUCUGCCUCGUCGUGUGGGCAGUGUCUGUCCUCAUCUCCAGCCCGACGUUCACGUUCACCCAGAAGUACAGGCUGCAGGGCGGCGAGGUGUGCGAGCCCAGGUACCACGCCGUCUCGGAGCCCGUCAGGUGGAAGCUGCUGGUGCUGGGCCUUCAGCUCCUCUUCGGCUUCUUCAUCCCCCUGGUGUUCAUGGUGUUUUGCUACAUGUUUAUUGUCAAGACCUUGGUUCAGGCUCAGAAUUCCAAACGGCACAAAGCCAUCCGCGUGAUCGUCGCGGUGGUCCUGGUGUUCCUGGCUUGCCAGAUCCCGCACAACAUGGUGCUUCUGGUGACUGCCGUCAACCUGGGGAGGACGGGCCGCUCCUGCAGCAGCGAGAAGGUGAUGGGCUACGUCAAGAACGUCACCGAAGUCCUGGCGUUCCUGCACUGCUGCCUCAACCCCGUGCUCUACGCCUUCAUCGGCCAGAAGUUCAGAAGCUACUUCCUGAAGAUCAUGAAGGACCUGUGGUGCGUGCGGAGAAAGCACAAGUCGCUGGGCUUCUCGUGUUCCCGGCUGCACUCGGAAACCUUCACCUCGCGGCAGAACAGCGAGACCGUGGACAAC